AUGGACUCGCCUGUGUACUGCAAGCUGGUCUUAUCGAUGAUUGACCAAUCAACCGCGGAACCAAAUAGUCGUGUGGCGAUGCAAGACCACGCCGUCAAACAGGACUCGCUGCGACCUCCACGUCGUGUCAGCUGCAUGAUCGACGCACUGGACGUGGUUGUCGACAGUUGGAGGAUAUCAACGGCUGUUGGACUACCGCCGUUGCCGUAG